CAAUACAGUCAGGAUGGCUAAAGGUGACCCCAAGAAACCAAAGGGCAAGAUGUCUGCUUAUGCCUUCUUUGUGCAGACGUGCAGAAAAGAACAUAAGAAGAAAAGCCCAGAGGUUCCUGUCAAUUUUGCAGAAUUUUCCAAGAAAUGCUCUGAGAGGUGGAAGACAAUGUCCGGGAAAGAGAAAUCUAAAUUUGAUGAAAUGGCAAAGGUGGAUAAAGUGCGCUAUGAUCGGGAAAUGAAGGAUUAUGGACCAGCUAAGGGAGGCAAGAAGAAGAAGGAUCCUAAUGCCCCCAAAAGAGAGUUCGGGAAAACUCAAGAGAAUAAAACAUCUGAGCAGGGACCAAGAGCAACCGGGGAGCCCGUAUCACCUCACAGAGAAGCGUACAAGCUUAGGAAUCUUGCUUUCUAA